AUGGCUCCAAUCGCUCUCUCACCCGAGCGUGGUGCCCCGCAGCUUGAUUCUCUCGCAAUCGCCUUCGAUGAUACCAUUCGAUUCUAUUUGAAUGGCACACGUGUUGUAUUGGACGAGGUCGAUCCCGAGGUCACUCUGCUGGAAUACCUCAGGGGCAUCGGGCUCACCGGAACCAAGCUCGGCUGCUCAGAAGGCGGUUGUGGUGCUUGCACCGUAGUGGUGAGCCAGUAUAACCCAACCACCAAGGCUAUUUAUCAUGCUAGCGUCAACGCCUGUCUCGCUCCGUUGGCCAGCGUCGAUGGCAAGCAUGUUAUCACCGUCGAGGGCAUCGGGAACGUCAAGUCUCCCCACCCAGCCCAGGAACGCAUCGCGAAGGGCAAUGGAUCUCAGUGUGGAUUUUGUACACCAGGCAUAGUGAUGAGCCUUUACGCACUGCUACGGAACAACGAAUCUCCAACAGACGAGGAUAUCGAGGAGGCCUUUGACGGAAAUCUUUGCCGAUGCACCGGAUACCGGCCCAUUCUCGAUUCCGCCAAGACCUUCAGUGUGACUGCAGGCUGCGGAAAGGCAAAAGCCAACGGCGGCAGCGGCUGUUGUAUGGAUAAUGCGAACGGCGACGGUGUUGGUACCGGUUGCUGUAAAACCAAUGGUAAUGGCCUGGAUGAUCAACCGAUCAAGAGGUUUACGCCGCCAGGUUUCAUCGAAUACAAGCCCGACACCGAGCUCAUUUUCCCUCCAACUCUCAAAAAACACGAGUUCAGGCCUCUUGCUUUCGGAAACAAGCGCAAGAAGUGGUACCGACCGGUGACUCUGGACCAGCUGCUUCAAAUAAAGAGCGCUUAUCCGGCUGCCAAAAUCAUCGGCGGAAGCACCGAAACACAAAUCGAAAUCAAAUUCAAAGCCAUGCAGUAUCCAGUCUCGGUCUAUGUAGGAGAUGUUGCUGAGCUGAGACAGUACUCCUUCAAGGAAGACUAUGUUGAGAUCGGGGGAAACGUCAUCCUCACCGACCUGGAGAACAUCUGUCAAAAGGCCAUCACUCACUACGGCAAAGAAAGAGCCCAGGUAUUUGAUGCAAUGUACAAGCAGCUUAAAUACUUCGCCGGCCGCCAGAUCCGGAAUGUCGGUACCCCAGCAGGCAACCUUGCUACUGCUUCUCCCAUCUCCGAUCUCAACCCGGUCUUCAUGGCAUCUGAUGCGGUCUUGUUUGCCAAGUCUGCUGAAAAGACCACAGAAAUACCCAUGUCUGGAUUCUUCAAGGGUUACAGGCGAACUGCCCUUGCGCCAGAGGAUAUCCUCGCGUCCAUCCGUAUACCCCUUACCGAGUCGGGACGAGAAUAUUUUAGAGCCUACAAGCAGGCUAAGAGGAAGGACGAUGACAUUGCUAUAGUGACUGGUGCUUUGCGUGUCAAGCUUGAUGACAAGGGCAUCGUGGAGCAAGCCAAUCUUUGUUUCGGAGGUAUGGCGGCAUGGACGACAGCUGCUAAACAGACGAAUGAAUUUUUGGUGGGCAAGAAAUUCGCAGAGCUUGAAACUCUUGAAGGCGCCAUGAACGCUCUCGAGCAAGACUUCAAUCUGCAGUUCAGUGUACCGGGUGGCAUGGCUUCCUACAGGAAGGCAUUGGCAAUGAGCUUUUUCUACCGAUUCUACCACGAAGUGAUGCUCGGCCUGGGCGAUAUCAAGCACACUGACGAGCAGGCCGUGGAGGAACUGGAGCGAGAAAUCUCGACCGGCGAAACCGACGGCACGGCCGCCCUGGCUUAUCAGCAGAAAAUUGUAGGCAAGGCCAACCCCCACCUUGCUGCUUUAAAACAGACGACUGGCGAAGCCCAAUAUACAGAUGACAUACCGAAGCUGGCGAACGAGCUUUCCGGCUGUCUUGUUCUGUCGACCAAAGCACACGCAAAAAUCAAGUCGGUGGAUUACUCUGCUGCACUUGAUAUCCCAGGGGUGGUGGAUUACAUCGACCACAAAGAUAUGCCAAACAAGGAUGCCAAUCACUGGGGGGCGCCACACUUUGAGGAGGUCUUCCUAGCGGAGGAUGAGGUCUUCACUGCUGGCCAGCCUAUCGCUCUGAUCCUGGCAACCUCGCCACAGAAAGCAGCCGAAGGAGCAAGAGCAGUCAAGGUGGAAUAUGAAGAGCUCCCUGCCAUCUUCACCAUGGAGGAGGCAAUCGAGAAGAACAGUCUCUACAAAUUCUUCAGAGAAAUUAAGAAGGGAGACCCGGAGAAGGCCUUCAAGAAUAGCGAUUACACCUUCACUGGAGUCGCACGGAUGGGUGGCCAAGAGCAUUUCUAUCUCGAGACGAAUGCAUGUGUCGCAAUACCGAAACCGGAAGACGGCGAGAUGGAGAUCUGGUCGAGUUCGCAGAAUUGCAACGAGUCCCAAGCAUACGCGUCCAGAGUCCUUGAGGUCCAGGCAAACAAGGUCGUUGUCAAGGUGAAGCGUCUUGGUGGCGGCUUUGGUGGCAAGGAGACGAGAUGCAUCCAAUUGAGCACGAUUCUCGCGCUCGCAGCUCAAAAGACACGAAGACCUGUUCGGUGUAUGCUUACGCGUGAAGAGGACAUGGUGACCUCAGGCCAGCGCCAUCCCUUCCUUGGCAGAUGGAAAGUGGGCGUGAACAAAGACGGCAAGAUCCAAGCUCUCGACCUGGACAUCUUCAACAACGGCGGCUGGAGUUGGGACUUAUCAGCCGCCGUGUGUGAGCGCGCCAUGACACAUUCAGAUAACUGCUACCUGAUUCCGAACAUCCACGUGCAGGACGAGACUCAAUAUGCGAGGAGGAGGGAGGCAAUUUUGGAAUUCAAUGAGAGUCAUAAGUGGCGGAAGCGAGGGCUGGCCAUCAUUCCUACCAAGUUUGGCAUUUCAUUCACUGCCCUAUGGUUCAACCAAGCUGGUGCCCUGGUUCAUAUCUAUCAUGAUGGCUCCGUACUGGUGGCGCAUGGCGGCACAGAGAUGGGCCAAGGACUUCAUACGAAGAUGACAAUGAUUGCGGCAGAAGCACUCAAAGUUCCCCUCGAUAACGUAUUCAUCUCCGAAACAGCGACCAACACGGUAGCCAACGCAAGCGCCACAGCGGCGUCAGCUUCGUCUGACCUGAACGGUUACGCAAUAUAUAAUGCGUGUCAGCAGCUCAACGAGCGCCUUGCCCCGUACCGAGAGAAGCUUGGCUCAGACGCCACAAUGAAGGACCUCGCCCAUGCGGCAUAUUUCGACCGCGUCAAUCUCUCGGCACAGGGUUUCUACAAGACACCAGAGAUUGGAUACACGUGGGGCGAGAACAAAGGGAAAAUGUACUUUUACUUCACGCAGGGCGUCGCCGCGGCCGAGGUGGAGAUCGACACGCUCACGGGGACGUGGACGUGCCUGCGCGCGGACGUCAAGAUGGACGUAGGGCGGUCAAUUAACCCGUCCAUCGACUACGGGCAAAUCCAGGGGGCAUUUGUUCAGGGUAUGGGACUCUUCACGAUGGAAGAGUCUUUGUGGCUACGCAACGGGCCGCAAGCGGGCAACCUGUUCACGCGCGGGCCGGGCGCAUACAAGAUACCCGGGUUCCGAGACGUGCCGCAGCUCUUCAACGUUAGCCUGCUCAAGGACGUCGAAUGGAAGGAUCUGAGGACCAUCCAGCGCAGCCGUGGCGUGGGCGAGCCACCGUUGUUCAUGGGAAGUGCGGUGUUUUUUGCGAUCCGUGACGGGCUCAAGGCUGCGCGAAGUCAAUACGGGGUCGAGGCGAGGACGGUUGCUGAGGGGGACGCCGAUGUCGACUCGAGGGAUGAUGGGCUACUAAGGCUGGAGAGCCCAGCAACGACGGAGAGGAUCCGGCUAGCGUGUGUAGAUCCCAUCAUGGAGAGGGCGAGGGUUUUGCCUAAGGAGGGGGAGAAGAGUUUCUUUAUUGCUAUCUGA